AUGGAGGUCGACGGGGCGUACGCGACGCUCGUCGGCGGCCAGCUGACGGGCGCCAGGUCCGGCGACAGGCGCGUCAACAUGGGCGCCGUCACCAACCUGGUUGGCGGCGUCACGCGCUGGAAACGGCGGCUCGACUGGCUCAUUUCGCACGUGGCGAGCCGGGACAUCGACACCCUCGAGCUGCCCGUCCGCCUGAUGCUGCGGAUCGGGUUCUACGAGGUCCUGCAGCUCGAGGUUCCGCCGCACACCGUCAACGAGCACGUCGAGCUCACGAAGCAGCUCUCCCCGGGGGGCGCGCAGCUCGUCAACGCCGUGCUGCGCAAUCUCCUGCGGGCCAAGGACGCCGGGCAGCUCCCGCGCGUCGAGCAGCCGGGCCCGGGCGCGACCGCGGCGGAGCACGCCGACGCCAUGGCGGUCGCGAGCAGCCACCCGACGUGGCUCGUGGAGCGCUGGCUGGAGCGGUUCGGCACGGAGGGGACGCUCAAGCUCCUGAACCACAACAACGGGCCCCCGUCGUUCGGCCUGCGGCCAAGCAUUGCGCGCGGGGCGACGGUGGACAGCGUCCGGAGGGCCGCGGAGGAACUGGGUGUAGAAGUCGCACCGUCGCGGUAUCUUCCGAGGGAGUUCCUCGUCGUGCGUUCCGGCCUUGGCGACCUCCUGCGCGCCGGGAUCGUCGCCGAGGGGCGCGCCGCGGUCCAGGACGAGUCGGCCGGCUGCGUAGUGGCGGUGCUGAACCCGCAGCCCGGGGACCGCGUCCUGGACUGUUGCGCCGCGCCUGGCGGCAAGGCCAUGUUCUCUGCUGCGCGCAUGGGCCCCACGGGGCGCGUCCUGGCGCUGGACCUGCACGAGAGUCGCGUGCAGGCCAUGGACAAGGCGGCGGAGCUCCAGGGGCUGCGGAAGGUCGUGGCGACCAUGGCGGUCGACCUCCACGUCUUCUCGAAGAAGUGGCGCCAGGCCGUCGCGGCGGAGCGGCCCCUCGGGGCCGACGGCGAAUUCCCACGCAGUGCCAAGGAGCGCGAGGCCCUGCAGCCGUUCUGCGAUCCGGCGACGGGCGUGCCCGAGCUGUUCGACCGCGUGCUGCUGGACGCGCCGUGCACGGGCCUGGGGACGCUGUCGCGGCGGGCAGACAUUCGCUGGCAGAGGUCUCUGGAGGACCUGAAGGAGCUGACGCAGCUGCAGGCGCGACUCCUGGACGCCGCGGCGCCGCUCGUCAAGCCCGGCGGGCUGCUGGUGUACAGCACGUGCACCAUGGAGCCCGAGGAGAACGGCGCGCAGGUGGAGGCGUUCCUGCGGCGGCACGCGGGCGCGUUCACGCUCGAGCCAGUGCCGGAGGGGAAGGUGCACCCGCAGGUCGUGGCGCCCGAGGGGUGGAUGGCGACGCUGCCGCAGCGCGACGGCAUCGACGGAGCGUUCGCCGCGCGCCUGCGCCGGAGGUCGUAG